AUGGUGACGCUGGAUUCAAAAGCUCGGCAUUUUAUGGACAUGACAAACACGUUUCUUCGAACUAGUCUAUCACUUGGUACCCGCCAAACAUCACAGUUCAUUGCUGCAGGCGAGCUGUUGUUGAAAAUUUGUCCACGACUUUCCAGAUUACUAAUUCGUUUGUUGGCCAAUCCGCUGGUGGCACCAUAUGCCGUCGCAUUUCCGAGUCGAGAUGCGAAUGCCAGCGUCUUGUUUACGGUAAUCAAUCCAGCUUUUGAGUAUCUGAUGCUGGCCUCCGGAUGGGCGCGACCACUUUUGGAUGAUUUACCUAAUCUUCCUUAUCCGUCCUUAUUACAAUCUCGUUCGGAUUCGGAUGCAAUGGACACGGUUAUACCGAUUGCGGUGCGGAAUAGCUGGAAAUGGGUGCAACCGAAUCACGUGUACGAUAUUCUGUGUUGCUGGCUCACUCAACUGAAUUCACAAACACUACCUCCCGGGUUCUCCUUACAUGUGCUUCCGUUCGAUGAUCUAUUCCGCAUUAUGCGACAGGUUGUUGAAGGAUGCUUGUACGUCCGUGAUGUCACCACGGAUGUUGAUGUGCUUCCUAGUGAAGUCGAUCUUGAAGAUGAAUCCUCUCAAACACCAGAGGCCCCCAAUGAGGAGAUGAUGAAUUCAGCUCGCCGGUUAGCUCAAACCGCCCUGGAAGUACUCCGUGCCGCUUCUCGUCUGUUCGCAGAAGAAUGGUCAAUGGUUGGUGAUAACGAAGCACCCCUCCCGUUAGCUGCAUCAUCCAUUCAGUCUUUGCUGGUUGGAUUGGUUUCAGAUACGAUGGAAGCGCGUGAGAUAAGUAUUCAGUGUAUUCUGAUCUUGACGGAGAAAAUCCCUACAUUGAUAAGUCAAAUAGCUGCGUUUAAGGCAGCCGCGGUAUGCACACAAGACACAAGUGCCACCGUUCCGGGUACCGUGGAGACUGAGGCUGCGACUGAAGUGGAUCCAGGCGAGUCCAAGAAAAUUGUAGACACUGAAGACGCGACUAAACCCUCUGAAGAAAAUAAAUCUGCCCCGGAAGCAGUGAAAAAGAAAAAGCCAAGCAAAAAUCAGCGUCGUAAGUACAAACAAGCUCAGGUUAUAGCCGGUUUGUCCAAAACCAGUGGAGAUGAACAGUUAUCUACACCAUACGAGAGUCCUGCUCACUGGCCCAGUUUACCCAUUUGGCCACAGAUCCAGGUACGGCUCUGGAUUGCUCGGAGUGAUUUGACACCAGAGGUGGCUACCCUAGCAGAACGACUCUGGGUGCAACUUGGUUUCAAUUUGACCUGCGAAGCUGUGCCAGAUGGGGAGCCAUCGGCCACCAACAGCAAUGGUCAUUUACUGGAUACGCCAACUAUGCCUGACUUAUUGCUUCCGAUGCGUCUGGCGCAACGCCUGCUUUUGGAAACUACCAGACCUUGCGUUCCCGUACAGAAGGCUACGGCGGACGCAUUCGCCUUGAGUUUAGUUCGGCGGUCACCGGAUGAGUUGGUUGUAGCUCUAGACCAACUGAUUCAUCUGUACCGUGUUAUGCUAUACCGUGAACCACCGGUUGUAGAUAGCAUGGGUCGUAUCUUGAUUCCGGAAUCCGCGGACCGCUGGCGUGAACGUAUUGGACUCGCUAUGGCGUUAGCUCGACUUCCUGAAUGUCAAAACCAAACAGGUGCCGUCUACCGUCUACUCCGGAAAGGUUUGACUACAGCCACCGGCGAGCCCGGUCCCGAGUCAGAGGAAACCACGACUCGCGAUGAUGCUGAAUUACCUGCAGAUAAGGUUGAUUCCACUCGCAAAGCAGAUCAGUGGCUACUCAAUAUGUUCCGAUUCCUCGUUCCCGAUGGAUUAAAUGAUCGCAGUCAGGCCGUUCAAUCUCAAAUGUUGCAGGCCGGCCUUCGGGCUGUUGAUAUUUACGGAAAGGCUCACCUAGAUCAGCUAUUUCCGAUUCUCGAAACGUUUUUGAAUAAAGCCCCGAAUGUGGCCGAGUUAGAUGCUGUUCGUCAGUCUGUGCUCAUCUUGACUGGAUCCUUAUCUUGCCAUUUGGCUGCUGAUGAUCCGAAAGUGGUGAACACAUUCAACCGAUUGCUGAACACGCUAAACUUCCCCUCGGAUGUGGUUCAACAAGCAGUCGAAGACUGUCUGGCGUCCCUGGUAAAGAAACUUCCUGAGGAACAGAUAGGGAAAACCAUCAAUCGAUUAAUGACAACUUUACUGGGCUCUUCGAGUUAUGCAGAACGUCACGGAGCGGCACAUGGAAUAGCCGGAAUCGCUCGUGGUCUAGGUAUCAUGUCUCUUAAGCACUAUGGCAUUAUCGAUAAACUACUUCCUGCGAUGGAGGAUUCAAAGUCAGCGAAAAAACGUGAAGGUGCACUUCUCGCCAUCGAACGUCUGUCUCUUGGCAUGGGUCGUUUGUUUGAACCUUAUGUGAUCCGAAUGAUAUCUGGACUGCUGAAUUCCUUCGGGGAUGCAAGUCCUAGUGUUCGUGAAGCAGCAUCCAACACCGCACGUGCCGUCAUGGCAAAACUCAGUGCACACGGUGUACGCUUGAUACUUCCAGCACUUCUCCGGGCCAUUGAUGAUCAACAGUCUUGGCGCACAAAGGCCGAAUCGGUUGAACUGUUGGCCUCAAUGACACAUUGCGCUCCGAAACAGCUCUCAGCCUGUCUACCGCAAAUUGUUCCACGUCUUCUGGAAGUUUUGGUCGACUCACAGGAUCGAGUGAAACAGGCAGGCAUACGCGCGUUGAGGCAAAUCGGCAAUGUGAUUCGCAACCCAGAAGUCCAAGCUUUGGUACCGCUUCUGACCGAAUGUCUUCAAGAUCCACUCACGGACAAGAUGCCUUGUCUUCGUGCUCUACGAGACACAUGUUUUGUCCAUGUACUUGAUGCUCCAAGCCUUGCUUUGAUACUCCCAGUUAUACAACGGGCAUUCGACGAUCGAUCAACCGAGGCUAGGAAAACGGCAGCCCAAAUAUUUGGCAACUUGCACAGUCUUGCGCGCCAAGAGGAACUCCAACCGUAUGUCGGGACCAUUUUGCCCCCGUUAAAAACUUGCCUGCUCGAUGCUGUCCCUGAAGUGCGUUCGGUUGCUGCUGCUGCAUUGGGUGCCUUAGUACGUGGAAUGGGCGAAUCUUGUUUCGCGGAAAUCCUCCCAUGGUUAAUCACCACAUUGACUUCGGAAACCUCCUCGGUCGAUCGAUCAGGCGCGGCGCAAGGUUUGGCUGAGGUGUUGGGUGCAAUGGGUAUCGAACGAUUGCGUGCAAUUCUGCCCGAUCUUAUACGAACAGCAGCAUCGGAUUCGAAGGUUCAGCCCCAUGUACGGGACGGCUAUCUGAUGCUGUUCAUUUAUCUGCCUGCGGUGUUCCAGGACUCAUUCGCUGAGUUUANCAUUCCGACGAUUCUGAAGUCGCUGUCUGACGAAACGGAAUUUCUGCGUGAAACUGCUCUGCGUGCUGCUCAACAAAUUGUGCACAUGUUUGCUGAGAGCUCGCUCGAGCUACUUCUACCGGAAUUAGAACAAGGAAUGGAAGACAAAAAUUGGCGCAUCCGACAUUCUUCGGUCCAAUUGCUUGGCGAUCUUCUUUACCAGCUGUCUGGACUUUCGGGCAAAGGCACCACCAAGACUCAAGAUGAGGACGACACAUUCGGAACAUUUGAAGCGCACGAACGGUUGAAGUCUCUGAUGUCUACCGAACGCCACAAUCGUAUUCUUGCCCGACUUCACAUGGCACGUUCUGACCCCACGUUGAUCGUGCGUCAAGCCGCUAUUCAUGUGUGGAAGGUGGUGGUUCCGAACACGUCGCGCACCCUACGCGAGAUAAUGCCCGUUCUGGUUCGCCUGCUGCUAUCCACAUUGGGUUCAUCAAAUCGUGACCAACAACAGCUGGCUGCACGAGCGCUUGGUGAUGUGGUUCGAAAACUGGGUGAACGAAUUUUACCUGAGGUUAUCCCUCUCCUCGUCCUCGGCCUUGAUUCGUCUGAUGCAGAUCAACGUCGCGGAGUUUGUACAGGUCUUACGGAAAUCAUGCGCAACUGUCCUAAAGAACAGCUCGUCAACUAUGCAGAUAGUUUGUUGGUGCCGAUUCGACGCACUCUGUGUGAUCGUCUUCCUGAAGUUCGACGUUCUGGGGCUCGUACUUUCGAGUUGCUUUACGGCGCACUCGGCGUUCGUUCAUUGGACGGUGUACUGCCAGAUUUGUUGGCACAGCUAGAUGAUCCGGAUACAAACCAGUGCGCUUUGGAUGGCUUGCGACAACUUCUGGUUGUUAAGGGCAAAGCGGUCAUGCCUUAUCUCGUGCCCAAGGUAAUAAAUAAGUCGAUGCUUGGGAUCAGUUUCCACUAG